CCCCGCCCUUCUCCAGCCAUGGGCAGGGGUGGAACAAUGGGAAGCAAAGGAGGUGCAAGCCGGAAGAUGGCAGCGGCGGUAGCAGGAGGUAGCGGUCUAAGGGAGCGCGCGGUGUCCGCAGCCCGGCUGCUCGCGCUCUUUCUGGUGGCUGCUCUGAGCCUGUUCCAGGUUUCAGCUGUGGAAGUAUACACACCACCAGAGCUCUCUGUAGAGAAUGGGACAGAGGCAAAACUUUCAUGUACAUUCAAAUCAUCAGAGGUGAUUAGCAGUGCGGCGUCUGUUACCUGGAGCUUCCAAGCAGAGGGAUCAACUACUUCUGUGUCGUUCUUCUAUUAUUCCAAUGGGAAAGCAUAUCCGGGGACGCAUGUACCAUUUAAAGACCGAAUCAGCUGGGCUGGAGACUUGAACAAGAAAGAUGCAUCUAUCAAUAUAGCAAACAUGCAGUUUCUGGACAGUGGCGCUUAUAUCUGUGAUGUCAAGAACCCUCCUGAUAUAGUUGUCACGCCUGGAGAAAUCCAACUCAGAGUUGUGGAGAGAGGUCCAGUUGGACCACUUCAGGAGUGCCUGCGACAGCUGCAAAACCUGGAGGAGCGAGUUGAGAAUGACCAUAUGGAGUUGAGGUCGCGGCUGGAGGCUAUUGAGAAAAGGCUUGCUAGUAUCGAGCAAGGGAGAGGCGUGUCCAGGAGCCCGUAGAUCUCAAUUUCAAGCAGCUGGAGGCAAGCUUCGCGGAUGCAGAGAGAGAGACAUAAACACAGAAACAGAAGAAACAGAAAAAAGAAAAGGAAAAACAAAAUAAUCAAACACAGCAUAUACAAUGAUUCUCAUUACAGUCUGUAUGUAUCAACCUGAAUUCCUUCAACCAACAUGUCCCUCCCCCCACUUCCCCUACUCUGUAAAAUAUUGACUGCAGAACUGAAAGAUAACAAAAAUGAUAUUCUUACUAUCCGAAUUGAUUUCCUCUUCAAGGAAAAGCUGAAUCUCAGAUGAGGUACCAAACCCUGCGAUACAUAUUAUAUUGAAUAAAUGGUUCCCAUGUUCGGGGGGUGGGGAUCCUCAUUUAAUAUAUACAGUUAUUUUGGCCAUUGAUGCAUAUUCCCAAAGUUUGAGUCACCAAUCAUCUAAAGUUGAAUCAGAUUUGUUUUCCAACAGGAAGCAUAAAGGAUUCUUGCCGCCGUUAUCAUAUAUAAAGAAAGUUCAGUGUGCUUUACAGGAAUAUGUGGUUUAGUAAAGUUUAACAUGAAAAUUUCCAGAAGAAAAGGAAAAUCUAUAUGCAAAAUUUGCUGCAUCUUGGAAUGUAUUGUUUUCCAAAAUGUUUGAGCUUUUUUACAAGUGCACCACAUAUUUUUACAAGUGCAUGACAUCUGCUCCAUACAUUUCCAGCAAUUUCCAGGGUAAUUAUUGCCCAUCUUUGAGAUCAUUGCUGAAGUAACAUACCAACGCAGGUACAUUUUAUACCAAUUUUCCCUUAGAGUACUAUUCACUAUAAAUUUUAUAUUCACCUUCCAUUGAAAUUCUCACUGUUGCAUCUCUAUUGUUCUGUUAAAGUUCUGCAUCCAUUUUACCAUACAGUCUUUCACCUGUUCAGAUUCUGAGUCAUACUUCAAUAAACACAUAUAUAAGACCUGG